ACAACAGAGCCAGCAGACACUGCCCCAGCCACUGUCCUAACUGAAGGAUCCACGGCCUUCCAGCCCAGCCUUGGUUCAGCCCACACGACUCAGCUAGCUGUCAGCUCCCAGAUCACACCUGGGCCUGAAGGAUCUACCACCUUGUCAAGCAGCUCAGGGUCAGCACGCACAGCAAUGCUGUCUGACAGCCCCCAAACUACGUUGGUGUCUGAAGGAUCUACACCUUUCCUAAGCAGCCCAGGUUCAAGACCCACAAUGGUGUCACCUGACACCUCCCAAACCUCAGUCCUGAAAGAUGCAUCUACCACCUUGCCAAGCAGCUCCUAUUCAGCACACGUGACACCUACAUCUCACAGCUCCCAAAGCACUGCCCUUUCUGAGGGACCUAGUGUGUUCCCACACAGCCCAGGGUCAGAACCCACAAGAGUGACAUCCCCCAGCUCACAAACCUCUAUUCCAACCAGAGAAUCUACCAGGUUUCCAAGCAGCCCUGCUUCAGCACACACGGCAGAGCCAGCAGGCAGCUCUCGGACCACAGUCCAGACUGAAGGACAGACCAGCCUCCAGACCACCUCUGAAGCAUCUCACUCGACAGCACCAGCAGACGCCUCCCCAGUCACAGUCCUUCCAGAAGGAUCCACAGCCUCCCAGAAAAGCCCUGGUUCAGCCCACUCUAGACCACCCUUGGAUGUCUCCCAAACCUCCGUGUCAGUUGAAGUAUCUACAGCCUUGCCGAGCAUCCCAGGUUCUGACCACACCACGGUGCCAUCUUAUACGUCCCAAACCAAGGUCUCGACUGAAAGAUGGACAGCCUUCCCCAGCAGCCCAGGUUCAGGAUACACGACGGCACCACCUCGCAGCUCUAGAACCACGGUCCUCCAUGCCACCUCUUGGAGUUCUUUCUCGAUGUCCUCCUUCUCAGCAGUCUCUAAUGCUUCUGUUCCUACAAGUUCUCCUGGUUUUUCUUCUCACUCUACUUCAUCCCCAGCCCCCGUGUUCCCAACCAAUUCCACCGCUGGUCCUGCAUUCACCAGCAACCACACCACUUCCAUGACCACCAGCUCUUCCUCUUUGCCACCAGUGGAUUGCUACAACGGUGGACAUUGGAAUGGAAAAGAAUGCGUCUGUCCCCAAGGCUACUUUGGUUACCAGUGCCAGACCCUCCUGUAUUCCUUCCCCAUAGAAGUCCCAGACGUCCUCAAUGCCACCGUAACAGUGAUAGUGAAAGUGAUUCACAGGAACUUCACAAAUGACCUGAAUAACGCAUCCUCCCAGGCGUACCAGAAUUUCACAGAACUUUUCAAGCAAGAGAUGAACAAAGUCUACAUGGGGAAGGACCUUUCUGAAUACAGAGAGGUGAUCAUCAGGAAAUUGCUCAACGGCAGCAUCGUGGUGGAAAGUGACGUGGUCCUGGAGACCAACUAUACCUCGGAGUUUCGGACACACUUCCAGAACCUCAAAAAUAUCGUGAAGGCCAAGAUCACGAAUGCAACCAGAGAGAUCCAGAAAGAUAUUCUCAAGUGUCAAAAUUCCAUAUUGUGUUACAACUCAGAGGACACUAGGGUGGAAGAGGAUGUGAAGUUGGGCUACGACCCCCAGGAGCAAUGUGCCCGGGGAGCUGCCCAGGGCUACGGCCAAUUCUACUACGUGGAUGAACUGGACGGAAGGCUGGCCUGCGUGACCAAGUGCACCCCAGGGACAAAGUCGCAACUCAACUGUAACCAGGGCGAGUGCCAGCUGCAGCAGAGUGGCCCCCGCUGCCUGUGCCCGAACACGAACACACACUGGUACUGGGGAGAGACCUGUGAGUUGAGCCUCAGCAAGAAUCUCGUGUAUGGGAUAGUGGCUGCUGUGGUGGCGGUGAUGCUGAUCGUCGUGGUCAUCCUGACCAUCCUCCUUGGUCGAUCCCAGAGGAAACUGCACAGGCAAGAGUACGAUCCUUCUCGGGAGUGGCAGAGAGAAGGCAUCCCUGGCACCUUCCAGAACACAGACAUCUGGGAAGACAAGAACCUGAAGGAGGACAAAUUUGGCCUUGAGAAUGGCUACAGUCACUUCCGACCCUCCCUGGAGAAGGUGGACCCCACCACAGAGCUCCACAUUCAGAAGCCAGAAGUGGUGACAACGGCUCUGUGAGGGACAUGGCUCCCACCCUCCAUCCAGAUUUGGACAACAGAGAGAGGCCCACCGCAGGCAACCCUGGGUAGUCAGGAGCAAGCCGAGGCCAGACCGGCAGAUCUGCUCCGGGUGGCGGACUCGCCAGUGGUCCCUUGCCCUGGGCCAUGAAGAGGCAGCAGGGGCCAAGAGCCCUCAUCCCUCUGUCCAGGAGCCCCAAGGUUUCCAGACACCCUGCCAUCUUGUUUGCUCUUGGGUGAUUCCUUGGUCUGGAAUUUACCUCUAAUAAAAGCAACU